CCCACCAGCCGUGCCCCUCCUUUAGGAAGAUGGCGAUGGGUGCGCUUCCGGUAUGUGUCUUUCCGGGUGCCUCCGGGCGGCUGCAGCAGGUGCCGCCCAACGCGUUCCGGCCUCUUUGCUGCACAGCAUAAAGCGGUGAUGGCUGGCGGACAGUCUGGAUGGAGCCAGGCGGCUCUCCUCCAGUUCUUUCUGGGCGUGUGCCUGAUGGUGAUGCCCCCAACACAGGCUCGGAGUCUGCGCUUUGUUACGUUGCUCUAUCGGCAUGGAGAUCGUUCACCAGUGAAGACAUAUCCCAAGGACCCCCAUCAGGAAGAUGAAUGGUCCCAGGGGUUUGGUCAGCUAACCAAGGAAGGGAUGCAACAGCACUGGGAGCUGGGUCAUGCUCUGCGGAUACGCUACCAUGGCUUUCUAAACACCUCUUACCACCGGCAAGAGAUUUAUGUGCGAAGCACAGACUUUGACCGUACUCUCAUGAGUGCUGAGGCCAACCUGGCUGGACUCUUCCCUCCCAAUGAGAUGCAGAGCUUCAACCCUAACAUCUCAUGGCAGCCCAUUCCUGUCCAUACUGUGCCCAUCACCGAGGACAGGUUGCUGAAGUUCCCGUUGGGCCCAUGUCCCCGUUAUGAACAGCUGCAGAAUGAGACCCGACAGACAGCAGAAUAUCAGAACAAGACUAUUCAGAAUGCACAAUUUCUGGACAUGGUGGCCAAUGAGACAGGGCUUACAGACCUGACCCUAGAGACCGUCUGGAAUGUCUAUGACACACUCUUCUGUGAGCAAACACAUGGGCUGAGCCUGCCGUCCUGGGCCUCACCCCAAACUGUGCAGCAUCUGAGCCAGCUAAAGGACUUCAGCUUCCGCUUCCUCUUCGGGAUCCAUGAGCAAGCACAGAAGGCCCGGCUUCAGGGGGGAGUUCUGCUGGCUCAAAUAUUGAAGAACCUGACCCUAAUGGCAACCAGCUCUCAAUUCCCUAAGCUUCUGGUUUACUCUGCGCACGACACUACCCUGGUUGCCUUGCAAAUGGCACUUGACGUCUACAAUGGUAAACAAGCCCCCUAUGCCUCCUGCCACAUGUUUGAACUAUACCAGGAAGAUGAUGGGAAUUUCUCUGUUGAGAUGUACUUCCGGAAUAGCAGCGAGAAGGCCCCCUGGCCACUGAUCCUGCCUGGCUGCCCUCACCGCUGCCCACUACAGGACUUCCUUCGCCUCACAGAACCUGUCAUACCCAAGGACUGGCAGAAGGAGUGCCAGCUGGCAAGUGAUACUGCAGACACAGAGGUGAUCGUGGCCUUGGCUGUCUGUGGCUCCAUCCUCUUCCUUCUCAUAGUGCUGCUCCUCACUGUCCUCUUCCGGAUGCAGGCCCAGCCUCCUGGCUAUCACCACGUUGCAGACAGAGAAGACCAUGCCUGACAGCCACUCAGCCCCCAUCCCUCUGCCUCCUAGGAGAGGUGGGCUAGGCUUUUGCUCCUGACUAGUGCUGCUCCCCAGCCCACAGACAGGAGGCCCUGGGUUGAACCUCCUUGAUUACCUAAGCCCAAAUAAAAUGAGUGGGGCUCAGCUGGGCGCACGGCACCUGUCACUCACCA